AUGACCAGUGAACAUAAACUUCAAGUCGAUCAUAUCGACAAGCCAGAAGUAGUACAUGAUGAUGUACAAUCAGAUGCUUCUUCUAUCAAAGAUGACGUAGCUAAAGUGAUUUUGCAAGAUGCUAAAGAUGCAAGUAAGGAUGAACACGAGACAAGUUUCCGUGAAGCACUUAAACUUCAUAAGAAAGCUGUUUUUUGGGCCGUGGUUAUGUCAUUAACUAUUGUUAUGGAGGGAUAUGACAACAUUUUAAUGUCUUCGUUCUUUGGAUACCCCAGUUUCCAACAAAAGUACGGAGAAUUAACUGCUGAAGGGACUUAUGAACUCGCAGGACGUUGGCAAAGUGCUUUGGGAGCAGCCUCAUCUUGUGGGCUUAUUAUUGGGAAUUUCAUGAAUGGUUACUUGACAGAAAAGUUCGGCCAUAGAAUGGUGAUUCUUGUAAGUUUGGUGGUAAUGUCAGCUUUCAUUUUCAUUACCUUCUUUGCUAAAAAUGUCGAAACUUUGGUUAUUGGACAAGUUUUCUGUGGUAUUCCUUGGGGUGUCUUCUCCACUAUGGGACCUUCUUACAGUUCGGAAGUAUUACCUCUUCAUCUUAGAGGUUAUUUGACUGCUUAUGUUAACUGUUGUUGGGCCAUGGGUCAAUUUGUGGCUGCUGGGGUUUUAAGAGGACUUGUCUCCAAUACCUCCGAAUGGGGUUAUAGAAUCCCAUUUGCUAUUCAAUGGGCUUGGCCAGUACCUCUUUUCCUCCUUACAUUAUUCGCCCCAGAUUCUCCCUGGUGGCUUGUACGUAAAGGACGUCAUGAAGAUGCCAUCAAAUCAGUCAAACGUUUAACUGAUGGAUCUACUCAUUUCAAAGCUCAUCAACAAGUAGCUUUGAUGAUUCAUACCAAUGAAAUGGAAAGAGAAAAGGAAAAGGCUGAAAACAAAGGUGUUAGAUCAUACCUCGAAUGUUUCCGUGGACCUAACUUAAGACGUACUGAAAUUAGUUCUAUAGUAUUUGCCGGCCAAACUUUACUGGGGACUGCUAUUGCUUAUAGUCCAAGUUAUUUCUUCCGUCAAGCUGGUCUUAAUCCUAGUGACACUUAUAAGCUUAAUUUGGGGGUCACUGCCAUUGCGUUUACUGGGACUGUUUGUUCAUGGUUCCUUAUCAAUCGUUUGGGACGUAGAACAAUCUAUGUGGGAGGUUAUGCUGUAUUGACAUUGAUCUUGUUACUUAUAGGGAUCUUGGCCGCUCCAGCAGAGCUGAAUUCCAACGUCAAAUGGGGUCAAUCGGCGUUAUGUCUUAUUUGGGUAGCUACCUAUGCCUUAACUAUUGGUCCGUUGGCUUUCACUAUCACUUCAGAGAUGAGUGCCACUAGAUUGAGGAUCCAGACCAUUUCUAUUGCUAGAAAUACGUAUAAUUUGGUACAAUUGAUCAGUCAUAUUGUGGAACCUUACUUGAUUAAUCCUACUGAAGCUAAUUUGAAGGGUAAAACGGCUUUAGUAUGGUUUGGUACAGCCUUCCCUACGUUGGUGUGGAGUUAUUUCAGACUUCCUGAGACCAAGGGAAGAACUUAUGAUGAAUUGGAUGUGUUGUUUGAGAAGAGAGUUAGUGCUAGGAAAUUUGGUGGGUAUGAAUUGGAUAAGGAGGAUGAGAUUUAG